AUGCGUGUGGGCCCGGCGCUUAGAAUCGAGAUUCUUCAGCAAAAUCGAGACGAUCAAGAUCACGUGAAUCUCGAGGAAAUUACGCCCGUUCGUGUCCUCCCCGAGAUCCCCUCGAGGCACGAUAAUGUCUUCAAAAUCGAACGAGGGGGCCCGUUUUAUCAAAUUUACGAGUCCCUGUUUUGCUCGAUAAUUGCGAUCUGGUCCGUCACGUACUUCGUCAAUCGACAGACCGAACCCCGGUUGUCGAGUGGGGAAAUCGAGACCUCGUUUAGGAUAGCGCGCUCGAAAUCGUGCAGCAUACGGGCCGAAUCGUGCUCGAUAGCCGAGAGUAUUUCCGAACAUUUGUUUCGAAUCGAGAGUCCUAAUUCGGAGCUGAAGAGGGCAUUGGCACUAGGCAGAACCCAAACAAAAGCACUCAAAGGAAAACAGGCUAAAGGCAAAAUCUUUAACUGUGCCCACAAAGCACAGAUCUUUUGCAUAAUUAUUGCAAGAAUUAAUGUCAUCUACAAGCACAAGCCCCUGAAAAAUCUGGUCACACAGUUUUUUCUCCAUCUCAAACAAGAUUUUAACACAAAUCUUGCAGACUUGCGCCCAAGAUUCCAUUUUUACCCUCAGCUCGUCCCACGUUCGUUUGAGCUGCCCCUGCAAGAAAUUCCGCCUCACGCGCCGGUAGACGUCGACGCACUCCUUGACAUCGUCGUUGGAGCUCAUUCUCUGAGCAAUGUUUCUGAGGUAAGCAACCACGUCGCCGUUCGGCGGCUCGUGGGCCACGUAUUCCUCGUACCUGAAAAGAUAGGCCGUGCUGUCGGUGGCGAAGCUGGACUCGGUGGUAGAGACGGGGGCCGCGGCCUGGCUGUCGGACCAGCGGCCGAGGACGGCGCCGAACUCGUGGCGGAGCCUGGCCAUGGCGAUGGACACCAGCUCCGCGGUGAAGCCGACCCUGGGGGCGCCGGAGGGGGGCGGCGGCGGCUGGCGGAGGCGGUCAACGGCCUCGAAGUAGUGGCGCACGUCGCGGCGGCCGGAGUCGAAGAUCAGCUCGUGGUCCGGCUUGGCGCGCCAGUGGGAGAUGGUGUCGACGGCGGAUUGCGAGGAAAGGGAGAGCGAGGAGCCCAUCACGGUGUGGAA